CGAAUUCCCUCUGGAAAGAUUUCGUUGCAGAUUCUCUAAACAGCUGGAGAGAGAGAAAGAGAAUGUCAAUUUUUUUUCCCUCUCACUUUUUCCUCUCGCUCUUCUCUUCUGUUCCCUUUGGAUUUUUUCCACUUUUCUUAUCGCGUGGCGAAUUUUCAUUUAGGUAGCGCACCGGGUGUAUUUUCAUUCCACCUCAGCUCACCUCUCCUUUCCUUUCGCUGUUCCCUCCCUCCUUCAACAUCGCGUUCGAGUCUAGAGCUCCCGCAAAAGCGUACCACCUACCGGCUUAAUUUCCGGGAUUAGCAAUUUAUUUCUCGAAGUUCCCCCUUGCCCCGUUUCUUGUUUAGCUUCCACCACCGUCGCCGGUUUUGUAACGGCGACCCGCCGCCGUUCCCUUCCAACCACCACCCAUCCAACACCGUGAUUCGCUGCUCUUCUGCGAUUGCCAGACGCGAAGCAACGGGGCCGGGGGUUUAAAAGUUCUCCUCGAAUUAUACACCCGUCGGUUAUGGAAGAAAAACAUUCACUCCAACGGCAAAUAUCGAUUGCCUACACGUCGCGCGCUAUCCCAUCGUCGUCAUCCCUUUCACAGAUUCGAUGAUCUCACCUUUUGCCGAUCUCGUAAAGCAAACGAAUUUCGCCGACUUGCCGUACAGCGCCGUUGAUUGUUUUUAGGGGUUUUAACGAUCUCGCGCUUCGAAUCCCACGGCAACGAUGACGGUGAUAACGACGAUAACGCGCCGUAGUAUAUAAACCGGCGCUGUUUUCGAAACUGUUUUCGAUUCUCCCACGCGUAAAACACCUCAACUAUGUGUGCAAGAACAAACGGUCCUUCCGGAAUAUCCCCCCCUGUCUUCGUGAAUACUUGAGCAGAAACGGAUGCCUCGCGAACCCCAUCAAAAGCACGUUAACGUUGCCAUGACUACCGGGGAGCAGCGUAGUCGGUAGGACAAAGUCUUCGGGACGAGAGACGAGAUACGAGCGAACGACGUGUACGCGUCCUUCGCACUCCCCUUGAUCCCCCUACCUCUGUCGCCCACCUGCCCUCGGGAUCUGCUCCCGUUGUUUUUUUUCCACGUGAUUGUCAUAUGUUCCGUGGAAAAAUCAAGUUGAAGACAGGUGGAAAACCGAGAGAAAAAGGAUAUGUAACGUGUUACGUACCAUUGCCGAAUGCUUCGGGUUCGAGACACGAUAACGAAUACUUUUGUACCCCUGUGCGGUAAAAUAACACACGGGCAUAUUUGCGGAAUUUCCCUUCGAAACGGUGGAGGAGGAGAAAAUAUUACUUCUCAUUCUGCUUAGCGGAGAAUCGGAGGGUUGAAACAAUAAUUGUCGGACGAUUCGCAAUUUUUUUUUUUUUUUUCUACUUCGUCGUUCUCUUCGCGUCGUGUUCGUUCAUCGAUUCGUCGAAGGACCGAGGAGAGCGGCGCGUAUCGCGUCUCGGAGAUCGAUAAACGAAAUAAUCGGGGUAUCGGAACACGUCGUUACUUUUCGAAGAGUGAACAGAAGUGGAAACGAACAUCGGGGCCACGCACACGAGCAGCUGUUCACGACAUCUUGGAUAUUUCUGACUUUCGAACGGCGAGCAGGUCCAUCUUGCCAAUAGCUAGGCGUACAGUAGCCCUCGAACCUCGGGUGCCGCCUAACUAUCGGCUCGAGUUGCAACACAUUUGAAUUUUUCGCAUCUUUCAAGUGCGACCCUGUCCACCUCACCUCCGAUCUCGAGUCGAUUCUCCCCCUUUUUCGAAUCGCUGGAAGACGUGAUCUUUUAAUCGCAAAUUCUUCUUUUUUUUCUUUCUUUCACUCUUUUCUUCUUUUCUCUCGGUGACGUCGCGGUAGGCGCAUUCUUGGCGGUACGAUUAUUAUUACCCCUACCCUGUUGUCACACGUAACACGUUGAAAAAGAAUUUCAAACGGUCCGCGGACGUAGAGAUUCUUGACAGACGAGAACCAUUUCAUUUUACAAAGUUGUCAGUUCGCAUUGAAAAUGUUAUUGUAACUAAUUAUAACUAGGAGAGUUGAACUGUCGUUUCGCUGGCUAAUAUUCAUGUUAUAUACGGUGAUAUUGCGAAUCUAACGCACAACAAAUGCGCCAAGCUGACACAAUUUUCUUCGAUUAUCCGACAAACAAAUGCAAACUCUUCGAAUGUUGUCACGCGUGGUAAUACUUUUUUUCCUCAAAACUCUCGCGCGCGCACAGCGCAUCGUAAUAUUGCUCAGGGUUCUCCGUUAAGUUUCGACGGGGAGAAAAACUUUUUAUAAUUUUCGUUUCCAGUUUUCGGUAUACUCAUUCGCAUGAAUAUCCCAUCCUCAGAUGUUUUCGCCGAUAUGGUCAUCCUCUCGAUCGGCAUCGAUGGAUAAUUCGGCUAGAGAGGAGAUAGGACUAUAGAAACUCGCGAUCUCUAAGGUCGGCUUCUAGCUUUUUGGCGACAAUCCAGCCUCGUAUAAAUAUCUCUGGGAGUCACCGGUGGCUUAAUGCUCUCCGAAAACCCACAGGGCUCUCAACUUUCACAUCUUAAUAUUUUUUUUCGCCACAUUUCCCCCUCCGAUUCUCGCCUUUUCCCCCACGUCGCGACCUACUCGGUUUUUAUCGAGGAUUUUAUCAUCGCUUCGUUUCGUUCGUUUUCUUCACCGUUUUUUUCGCUGCCUCUCGCGAAUCAAGCGAUCUUUAGUUUUUUUUUCCUCAUUCUCGCGUUCGACUCGUGGACGUGUCGACUGUUGUACCUACGCCAUGAUCAUUACCGUCGCCGUUUCAUACUCGUCAUCGAGUCGCUUCGAAAUACGUCAUCGUUUUAUGGCUCAGCGCCCUUGACCUUGGUACAGAGCAUGAAGGACUAGAGUUCUCUGGCGUUCGUCUCGAUUUCAUGUGACUUACGAUCGAAACUGCAGUACAGUUUGAUCAAACUUUUCGUUUCGCCGAACUGAUCUCUUCGUUUUGAGUAUAAUUUGUAACGACAAAAAAAAAACAAAAAAAAUCCCAAGGAAAAAAUCUGCAUCCCAACGUAACAUUUAUUCCGACUAAUCGUAUACGUACGAGUCUUUCUAGCUCAAAGAUUCUAUUUCUGUAUAGUAAAUGACCUUUGGAAAGUUACUUCUCAAAUUACAAGUUAUUUACAACCGAGGUAAAAAGAGAAGAAAAAAAAAGAAAAAAAACUACUAUACGGUCAAUCUUUCGGAGCAGAUGUUAUACACCGCUAAUCCAGCGCACUCUUUGUCUAAAUUCUCCCAGCCGAACGACCGGCCACGGAUUAAUUACUUCACCUAUUAUACGGAUUCUGUAUUUUGUAUCACGGGGUCCGAGAAAUCCGACGUGUCUAAUCAGCGAGAUUGAAAAAGGGGGGGAUUAAAAAUUUGCGCUCCGUAGGAUUUGGAAAAGGAGAGGAGAAAUAGAACCAACGGAAUAAAGAAGAAAAUAAUUAAUGGAUACAAUAAAUAAAUGAACGGAUAAACAGUCGUACGGGUAUUUUUCGCUCCCAGCUGAACUCUCCGAUCGUAUUAAAGCUGACUCUUGAUAUGCUUUCCGUGAUUCGUAUAACCUACGGACGUUUCGUUUAAAGCCAGUAAAAUAUUGUUGUCCACGCACAUACAAAUAAUAUGUGCUACACGCAAACAAACUAAUUCCUGAUAAUGACGGGGGCUAAUAAUAUCGGUUUUUGCACGGCAUCGAAACGUAUAUAUCUCCGACACGCUGAGGACACGUGUAUUUGCCAUAGGGUACAUGCCGGAAAUACGCGAUAUGUCCGGAUGUAAUAACUGUCCUUGUAUCCGAACAUAUGUGAACGAAAUAUUUAUGACGAUUUUUGUCUUUUUUCUUUUUUUUUUUUUUUGUUUCGAUUCAAUUUAUUCAGUGAUGGACAAAUGUGAUGUGCUCGAUUAUACGUUAGAGUUGCACCUGAGUAUGUAUACCUCGCGGUAAAAAAAAAAAAAGAAAAAAAAAAAAAAUGGUGAUGCAGAUUGAUAAAGUGGAGAAAGCAAGUGCGACACAAUUCAGUGAAUCAUAGUCCUUGGAUCCUACUUUUGUUCCUGAAACAAUGUUGAGCUGGCUCAGCGACAGCGGGCUAGUGGAGACAGAUCCAAGUCGAGUUGGCAACAUGACAGCUAUCAACUCGGGUCCAGUGGGGGAGGUGGGUGGCGUGAGAUUGCCUCUGCAAUCCCUGCAUGGGUAUGGUUCGGUUUUCAUGUACUCCGCUUCCAUGAGUCCCGGGGGAGCCGGUGGGGGCACAGGGGGUGGCGGCGGCGGCGAAGUAACGCUUCGACUUCGCGAACCCGAAGACAUCCCAGAAGAGGUACUCGCGCGUCUCGAGGACACCGCCACCCUCUCGAUUUCUCUACAGGGUGACACUGUCCUUAGAUUGGGCGGUGCCGGAACAGGAAACGGAAGCUUGGAACUGUUUGACAGCGAAAGCGGACCGGAUCUCACGCUGUCACCUCAGACCUUUACCUCGACGGCGGAGGCAUUUAUCAACGAUAACAGCGACAGCCUUGGAGUUCCGGGGGACAACGACGCUGGUAGUGGAGAGGAGUCGAGGUCGGGUACCGGAGAACCGGGUAAACUUGGAGUCAAGAAACAACGACCGAAAGCAUCGUCACCGAACAGACAAGGACCUCAACAGUGCCAGGUUUGCGGUAAGGUGUUCAACAAUGCGUCCGCCUUGACGAAGCACAAAUUGACGCACAGCGACGAACGAAAAUACGUCUGUACGAUGUGCGGGAAGGCAUUCAAGCGGCAGGACCAUUUGAACGGCCACAUGCUCACGCAUCGUAACAAAAAACCUUACGAAUGCAAGGCGGACGGGUGCGGGAAGUCUUACUGCGACGCUCGGAGUCUGAGAAGGCACACGGAGAAUCAUCACGCGGGUAGCAAGGUUAACGAGAGCGUGAGUCCGAGCAGUCCGAUGACGGGUCCCCACACCCCGAACACUCCGAGUAGCAAUCCGAGCACUCCGAGUACACCGGGAGCACCGGCGACACAAAAUGGACACAACAACACCGCCCUCAAACAACUCCUGGCGACGGAACCGACGCCCUCGGCGCAGCAGCACAAGUCGGCAACUUCUCCCGGGGCAAACAACGACGGUUUAACGAAACAGCAAUUGGAACUUAUACAGCAGAUUAUGCAACAGACGCAACGGCAAACCACGCAACAGUCCUCGCAGCAAUUGUCGCAACAAAAUGCGUCGCCUCCUGCCGCCGUCGCUGUGGCCGCUGCCGCUGCCGCCGUUGCAGGACAAACGAAAACCCCCAAAUCUUCCACAAAAGCAACGCCAGCGCUCAACACUAACGUUAGUUCUACCAGCAAUGGGCCAACCGCAAGGUCGAGUCCCAAACCAAGGUCGUGGAAUCAUUCUCAGCAACAGCAACAACAAGCGCAACAGCAGGCUAAUUCACCGGGAAGUGGAGGGAACGCGGGUAAAAACAGUCCCUCGCCAGCGAAUACCUCGUCACCGGGUCAAAGUCCGAGUCCUAAAACUCAAGCUGAACCUAAGCCAGUCGAGUGCAAUUUAUGUCAUAGAAAAUUUAAAAAUAUACCGGCCUUGAAUGGACACAUGAGACUACAUGGCGGUUAUUUUAAAAAGGACGCUGAGAACAAAAAAUGCGAGAAGAAGGAGGUGGUCGGACCUCCGUUGCAAACGGCAUCCGUUGGCGUGAGGGCUUUGAUCGAAGAAAAGAUCAUCCAGAAGCGGACAACCGCCCUUGCUCUUUCAGCCACCGAUGCCAGCAACGGCGCUCAGUCACGGUUGGGAACUAACACCUUCACCACCCAGGCUGAUAGGACUAAUCACACACCGGGAAAAACGGGCUUCGCGGUACCAGCACCCCCGCCCUUGACCACCGCUGAAAAGGUGAGGAGGCAUUCGGAUAGCGAACAUUUUAGGCAGCCAAAUGUCACCGUCGCAAAUCAUGCGGCGGUACAAAAACAGCUACAAGAAGCUCAGACCCAGGCACAGGCCCAGGCCUUGGCCGACAUGAUAUUGAAGGGUACUACUAAAAUGGCUGUAAAAAGAGCGGCGUCCGAUCCUGGUCAAAGAGUCCAAUUAAAUUACCAGACAAACACAAAUCAGGGGAAUACCAGUCAACAACAAAAAACACAAACGCAAUUACAGCAGCCUUCCGUGACGGACAGUUUUCCGAUAACGGGAUACUCGGAGGACGGAGGAUACUUCAGUCCUAGCUUGCAGGACGAAGUAUUCCAGCAAGUUACAGCCGUGCCAGAUAGCGUUCUCCUACAUGCCACACAACUAGACUCGAUUCAGUUUCAGACGACGAGCCUUCUUCACGAACAGUCUUCCGAGCAGUUGCAGGAAAUGUCAAUGGAAGAUCGUUUUUCGAGCCAACACACGGUGAAUCCGGAUCUUCAGGCUCUGGUGAACUCACCCCUACCGGAUUCUCUCGCAGAAUUUAGCACCUACGGAGCUCAGUACAGCACGGAGAGCCCUCACACAUUGCCUGCGCAAUCUCCCUUGCCAUCGCCACUCACCCGCCACGACAGUCCAAGUUUCACAUAUCCGACUCCACCUGCAAGUCAAGAAGGCCUCCUUACCGGAAGCUUGCCCCUUCUGAGUCCUCAAGAAGAUCCUGAUUCCGUGAGACCUGUUUCAUCACCUUUAUCCGCGGCCUUUUAUACCACGACGAUGUCUUCCGCGGCGGCUGUUGAAGAAGCUCUGAGCGAGGUUCUUCCUGGUGAAACUGAGGCGGACACGGACUUGUACGGCGGAUCGCCAAACCCGCAUUCGCCGCUUCCGAGUCCGUUAUCCGCUACCCCUGCACCCUCGCCUCUUUCAUCGCUCCCACCAUCCUCCGUCUCAUCUCCUGGACCAGCGACUUUUUCGAGUUCCACUUUUCCCGUUUCACCGCACCACGCGCUGCAAAAUCAGAUGAUGCCCAACUCCGAAGAUCCUCUACUCUCUUCGAGUCCAAAGGACUUCACAGCAGGACGGAGGAAAUUUGAGUUUUCGGGAUUCCAGUCCUACAAAUUAAUUACCAGUCAAAAUUUAGUAGAUUUUGGACUCGGUAAUGGAAGUCUGGCUGGCAUUGUCGUCGACAACAACGGGGAAUUUAAGCUCAUACAGACCGCGGGGCUUCAGAAGGCUAACGUUCUUGUGCAGGCCGGAUCUCUUAGUCCCCUGACUUUUAGAAAAGAAAUCAGACUAGCCACGCCGAAAAUUGAGCCGGGGUCGAAUAACGUAGCGUCAUCAGGAGGGUUGAGUACGCAGCCACAAUUCCAACAAAACCACGUUCAUCAGCCAACCUUCAAUCCCGCCAAGUUUUUGAUUCAGACAAACAACGCGAACAAAUAUACGAUAAAAAGUAAGACAGCGGGUAAUCUGCCUAUUCCGAUAGAACAGAUCAAGGAGGAACUCCUGGACGAAGACGUCUUCCUCAGUCCUACGAGAAUCCCAGCUAGCCCGAUCCGGCAAUGUAGAAAGAGGCCGCGAAUGGACGGGCAUUACUCAAACUCUCACUCGUACCCUUCAAGACUGAGGAGAGCCUGCGAUAGACAUUGGGACAGUAGUUACACACCGCCACCGAUAUUAGACCCAUCUAGAUCAGGCCCAGGAUUGUACGCGAGGCUCCACCAACACGAAAGAGAAUCGGAAUUCAGCUCUGACGAUUCCCAGGGAAAUGACGGGCCACCACCGAGAAUAAAUAUCGGCCACAGAUAUCAGGCCGCCAUACCUCCUGUCAGAUGCGAUGGAGAAAGAGGAAGAGGUGGACCAGAAAUAGAUCAUCUUCUGUGGGAUCCAGGCAUAAAUAAUAAUUUGACCGAUACGGAAAUGGAUAUGUACCUACAGUUCGCCUGUUGUGCGGCUGUACCCGGCGGGGGAAGGAACAAAGAGUACGCUCUACACCUGCUACACAUGUGCAAGGGAAACAUUCACGAAGCGAUGCUAAAGUUAAUGAGACCCACCCCUUCGCUACCGAUGGGACAUCCCCUCCUGUGCUACGAAUAUCAUGAAUCAGAUCGAUGGACCGCGCACGAGAUGGAUUUGUUCCAUCAAAGUUUAUCGAAACGUAAUAAAGACUUUAGGGGUAUAUCUCGCGACGUUGGUAGCAAGUCUGUUAAACAAUGCGUGCAAUUCUACUACCUCUGGAAAAAACUUUGCCCUGAUGAGUACAAAAGAAUGAGAGCCCGGCAUGGAAAACCAAAAAUCAAAAUUGAGAACAAAGAGUUCAGAGAUUCGAAAGACACCAAGGAACUCAGGGACGCCAUCGCGUCCGUUACGGAUCUGGACUUUAGUGAGGAAAAGUCAAUUCUUCACCGCACUCUGUUACAGACUAACGAAAGAGAAAGUUCUGCAACUUUAACAACUAGUGAAGGGGAGCUGCGAUUAUUUGCCUACGAAUGCCCGGAUAGCUUUAGCGGAAGUGUAACAGUAACGAUGGCUGGAUGCACCCAAACUGGCCAAACCGAUCACGUCACAGCCAACACCAACUCACAAACUCACACUAGUUCUGAGCAACUACCACCCGUGCCCACCCCACUUCAUUACCCCUGCAAGAUUUGCGGGAAAGUUUUCAACAAAGUGAAAAGCAGAAGUGCACAUAUGAAAUCUCAUCGUCCAAUACCCUCGCCAGAUUCAACGGGUCCAGAAACUAAGCGAAUAGUGCAGUUGCAGCAUCAACAAAACUCACAACAACAACAACAACAACAGACCCCACAAAACCAACAGCAACAACAACAACAACAACAACAACAACAACAGCAACCACAGCUACAACAGCAACAAACAAAGCAGUUGCAGGAUUUUCAACAGACGACGAAUAGUGAUUCUAAUGGUCAUAAUACAACCCACUUAUGGCACAAUCCUACAAGACUUAGGCCACCGUAAAACCAACUCAAUUGAUAACCUGAACUUAAGUUACCUAAAAAAAGGCAGUAAUGUUUUGAACAAAUGUAUUCGAAAACUCAGAAAAGGAGUGGAAAUUCAAGGGUGCGCUUUCGCAUUCUCCCAAGGCUAUUGGAAUAAAUUUUGAAUUUCUUAGUAAAAUAGGCUGGUUUUGUUAAUUCGCACUUCAUCUGUUUAAUAACGGUUCAAUUGCUCGACACUCGAACAAAAAAAAAAAUAACGAUAAGACAGUUCGUCUCAUCGAAAACGAAAACCAACCGAUAUGCUACACUAUAUAUUAACGAAGAAUUUCGGCCUAAAUAAAAGUUUCAUCUUGUGAAAUUGAAAUUAUUUAUAUGACGAAUACACAGGUAUAGAUAUACUAUACAGGGUGAGACAUGUAUCUUGAGACACCUGAAUAUCUCGCCAGUUGGACGUUUUUCGAAAAAAUCGUUUAUACAAAAGAUAUUUGGCUUCAAAGCGAAAAUGUAACAGCAUUACUUUUUUCUCAUUUGGUGGGUGGGUUCAAGGUUACUCAAAGCUCAGCAUUGGUUUUUCAACUUGGAACCCAGAUUUUUUUUCAUCAGUUUCACAAUCUAGGAAAAACCCCAACAAAUUUUGUUUCGAACAAUUAUUCUGUCGGGCCUGUAUCUUUUCGGAAAUUCAAUUUCGAAUAUUUCUUAAAUUACAUUGGAAUUGUCAUGAAAUGGUAAUGCUAAUCUAAUGCUGAAUAUAUUAUCGUGACAAAUUCUCAAAAUAACGAACAUGAUGACGAUUUUGAGUAUUUCUUACAAUAAUAUGUUCAACUUUAUGUUCAGUUUUGGAUCAAGCUUAUUAUUGUAUGACAAUUCCAAUGCAAUUCGAGAAAUAUUCGAAAUUGAAUAUCUGAAAAAAUAUAGGCCCGACAGAAUAAUUUUUCAAACAAAAGUUGUUGGUUUUUCUCUUGAGAUUGUGAAGCUGAUAAAAAAAUAUGGGUUUCCAUUUGACCUCCAAGUGAUCUUGAACCUAUCCGCCAAAUCAAAGAUAAGUAGUACUGUUACAAUUCCCUCUUGAUGCCAAAUAUCUUUCGUACAAGUGGUUGUUCGAAAAAAAGUCUAGCUGGUGAGAUAUUCAGGUGUCUCAAGAUAAAUGCCUCACCCUCUAUAAGCAAGGCGAACGUGUGGAUUAGGAUGAAUUUUUAAAUCAUGCAUACGCGCAAUCCUGGCGAUAUUAUUGCUACACAACGAUAAUGAAAGAAAAAUUAAUGAAUAAGAAAACGUAGAAUCAUCCAUUUGCGACGUAUGGAAGAGUCUGGGCAUUUGUAAUUAAACAAUCAGAAUAAAAAUGAAAUGUUCAGGAAAAAAGAAGAACCCAAUCAGGGACAAGAAUUUAUAGACAAAUCGUGGAGGAACUAAAAAGCAGACAUGAAUUUAGAAUACAGGAAACACACACGGUUACAUACGCGGAGAGAUGUUAAACUCAAUACAUAAGUAUAUUACCUCACCGCUCAAGUGUCAUUGUGACUUGCGUAAUGAAAUAAUACAUUACUACAAAUUACCAUUCAACGAAGGUACAUGCUAACCUGUGUAAUACAUACAUAUAGUAACUAAUUACUGUGCUAUAGGACACUACUGUUACCUGUUGGGUCUUUCCUAUUAUAGAUAUUAAAAGUAACGAGGAGAAAAAAUGAAACUCUGUCGCGUAUUCCCCUUUACGAAAUGAUACCUGCUUCAUACGCUCAAUAAUUUGCUACGUAACGUAAUAACAAUAAAAAGACGUAAGCAUAAUUGCCAUACUCCAGAAACGAUACGACGAUCCUAAAAAACAAAAAAUGAAAUGUCAAAACUGUACUACACCUCACACUCGUUGUUCGGUAGAUGAUUACUUCUAACUGAACAAAAUAAUGGCAAAUAUAUCAAAAACUGUAUUAAAAUUACGUUGCGUAGUAAUUCAUGAAACGAGUCACAAUAUAUAAUACAUAUAUAAAUAUAUAUUUUAAUGGUAUUCGUGUUACAUACGUAUGUACCCCAUAUGUUUGUCCCAGAUACACUCAUAAUUAUAGUUGAACAAUUUAUAAUGUACCAAUGUGUACCAUAUAAGAGUUGAUGAUAUUAAUGUCCACUAUAAAAUUCGCCAACCAUACAUUUGUUGAAGCCCAAAUUUUGUUACCUUUAUCUUCAAAUAACAAACACAAUGAAUUAUGUUCAAAUAAAUUUUAAUGUAUAAAUUGAUGUCCUCCGAUUGAUAUGUUACUUCAAAUUAGUAUGUAGGCAAUUAUAUUAGUUCUAUGAGAUGAAUAUUCAAGUUUCACUCUGCAGGCUUCGGCCUCGCCAAUAUCGAGUGUAUAACAACGGCAACAACAACAAUAAAAACAACAAAAACAACAACAACAACAACAACAACAACAACAACAAUAA